CUGCCGCACUCGCCGGCGCCCCUGGCCUUGUCCACGCCUGGCUUGGUCUUGUCCCCCGGUACCAGCCUUGUCCCCAGCGGAGUACCCCGCCUGCGCCGGCCGGGCGAAUGAAUGUGCUGCCGGCUGCCUGUGCCCUGUCCCGCCCCGCGGCCCUGCCCGGACCCCGUCGCCUGCCCCUUCACACCCUGACCCCCUGCCCGCACGUCCGCCACCUGGCCAGGCCCUUAGGGCAGAGGCCAAGGGCCUGCCAGGCCCCUUCUGGGAAGGAAGUCUGUCUUGAGCUGACAGUCGUACACCUUGGGGCAGCAAGGUCAGCUCAGGGGGGUCACUGGCCCUUGACGGCUUAUACUCGGACCGACCAGUACAGGCAGCCCAGACCUGCUUACCUGCCCUGGCACCCAGCUCUUUCCCUGGCCCCGGGUUGGGGGGGGGGCGGUCAAAGGGCCCCAUCUGCAGGAUGUGACCUGGGCCAAGGCCUUUUAGAGUAGACAGAUCUGGGGUCCAGCGGCCCACCUGUGCUCCACCUCAGGCUGCCCCAGGCCCAGCCGUGCUGAGGUGGCUGUGCCUGCUCCAGUGCUCUAGCAAGCCCUAGGAGCUAGCUGCAGGGGUUGGGGAGAAAUGGCUGUGCAGGCUUGUCAUGGAGCUGCAGUGGUCAGUGCAGCAGGACCCUCCACAAACACCCAGUCCAGUGGAAUUCCCAGCGUGGCACUUGGUGGGGCUGGAGGAACAGUGGGGCUGCCACAGCUUGAGCUCCAGGUCUGCACCUCUCCUAGGGGUUGGGGUAGAGGUUUGGGUUCAGGGCAGCCUCUGGUGGAUUUCAGGGCUGCCUGGGCAGAAUGUCACGAUGGACGAGGGGGGCACGCCCCUGCUCCCUGACAGCCUCGUCUACCAGAUCUUCCUGAGCCUGGGCCCUGCGGACGUGCUGGCCGCUGGGCUGGUGUGCCGACAGUGGCAGGCCGUGUCCCGGGAUGAGUUCCUAUGGAGGGAACAGUUCUACCGUUACUACCAGGUGGCCCGCGAUGUACCCCGACACCCAGCGGCCACGUCCUGGUAUGAGGAGUUCCGUCGGCUCUACGACAUGGUACCCUGCGUGGAGGUGCAGACUCUGAAGGAGCACACUGACCAGGUCCUGCACCUCAGCUUUUCCCACUCUGGGUACCAGUUUGCCUCCUGCUCCAAGGACUGCACUGUGAAGAUCUGGAACAACGACCUGACCAUCUCGCUGCUGCACAGCGCGGACAUGCGGCCCUACAACUGGAGCUACACCCAGUUCUCCCAGUUCAACCAGGACGACUCCCUGCUGCUGGCCUCAGGCGUGUUCCUGGGGCCACACAACUCCUCCUCAGGCGAGAUCGCAGUCAUCAGCCUAGACUCCUUCGCCCUGCUGUCCCGCGUGCGCAACAAGCCUUAUGAUGUGUUCGGCUGCUGGCUCACAGAAACGAGCCUCAUCUCUGGGAACCUGCACCGCAUUGGAGACAUAACAUCCUGCUCAGUGCUGUGGCUCAACAACGCCUUCCAGGACGUGGAGUCAGAGAACGUCAAUGUGGUAAAGCGGCUCUUCAAGAUCCAGAACCUCAAUGCCAGCACCAUUCGCACAGUGAUGGUGGCCGACUGCAGCCGCUUUGACAACCCUGACCUCCUGCUGGACGCCAGCGACCAGGCCACACCCCUCUGCCAAGUCUUUGACCUGGGUGGUGACAGCGAAGAUGAGGCUGCCAGCCCGCCUUUGCGCAACCCCCGACCGGGCCGCGCCAAGGAGGGCUUGCGGCGUGUGCUGGAUGGUGUGCUGGAUGGGGGCACGCAACUAUCGGAGCGUGCGCUGGAAACCAGGGUGGCCGAGCUGCUGGCCCAGGGUCGCACCAAGCCCCCAGAGCGCAGUGCCGCUGAUGCCAGGAACAAAUACCUCAUUUUCACCACCGGCUGCCUCACCUACUCGCCACACCAGAUCGGCAUCAAGCAGAUCCUGCCACACCAGAUGACGACUGCCGGGCCUGUGCUGGGCGAGGGCCGGGGCUCUGAUGCCUUUUUUGAUGCACUGGACCAUGUCAUUGAUGUGCAUGGGCACAUCAUUGGCAUGGGCCUAUCCCCUGACAACAGGUACCUGUACGUGAACAGCCGCGCCUGGCCCCCAGGCUCUGUGGUGGCUGACCCCAUGCAGCCACCACCCAUUGCAGAGGAGAUCGACCUACUGGUGUUUGACCUCAAGACCAUGCGGGAGGUGAAGCGGGCCCUGCGAGCUCACCGCGCCUACACACCCAAUGAUGAGUGCUUCUUCAUCUUCCUGGAUGUCAGCAAGGACUUCGUGGCCAGUGGGGCUGAGGAUCGGCAUGGCUACAUCUGGGACCGCCACUACAACAUCUGCCUGGCCAAGCUGCGGCACGAGGACGUGGUCAACUCGGUGGCCUUCAGCCCCCAGGAGCAGGAGCUUUUGCUGACAGCCAGUGAUGAUGCCACCAUCAAAGCCUGGCGCUCACCACGCACAGUGCGUGUCCUCCAGGCCUCACGCCCACGCCUGCGCCCCUUCUUCUCCUGGUUUGCCAGCCACAGGCGCUGAGGACUCCAGUGUUGGGACCCACAGGGACAAAGCCUGUGGCUAUUCCCUGAGUGGGGCGGAGAAGUUCACAGCAGCCAUGCCUUAGAAAGGGGACAGCCCAGCCCCACACGCUCGCUCACGCAACCUGCUCACGGCCAUCAGGCUCAGCACUAGGGUGGCCGCUGUGGGCGGUACCAUAGACCCCAUAUCAGCCUCUUGGCCAGCUUGGGUGCACAGGAUACUAGACGCCCUGCUCCUUGCCCACCCCUAUCCCUGGGCUGGAAGUUCACGCAGUCCUGAGCUGGCCUUGGCCUGAGCCCUUGGGACAGCCAGGGCAAUCUGCACCUGGAGGCUGUGGGUGACUGCCCAAUGGUGGCAGAGGGCACCUGGUUUGUGCACUGAGGCGCUUGGGAGGGGCCAGUCUGCUGGGCCUAUUGUGCUGCACGUGCACACCACCUCUUCAGGGUCUUGAAUAAAGAGCUGGCCACAGCA